AUGGUAGUCUUCAUCUCAGUCAUCUAUCCUACAAUCCUCUAUCCUAUAUUCCUCAUCCAUAUCACCAAACUCUUCAAGCCCCAUCAGCCCCCCAAACCUCCUUCCACCUCCGACCGUCCAACUCCACAGGCCCAUCCCACCUUCCAAAUCUCGGUAUUCCGGUCCCUUGCUCAGACAUUUGUCGCGCACGAUAUCGUCCAUGCCAGAGAAGGCUUCGUCGAGAAUAACAAUGGGAGCGUUUCGGAUGAUUGCACGGAGGAAAAGGAGUACGCGUUGGGCGGAGAAGGAGAGGUCGUUAAAGGUGGUGCUUGUCGCCCAAUCCAAUGUCUCGUUUUGAUCUGAUGGUGCACCUGACUUGCUCUCUUUACUGGUGUAGAGUGGAUUCAGCUCAGCUUCGAACCAUGAUAGACACGCAUCUACACGUUUUGAAGCGUCUCCUGCGAGUUUGGGCUUCGCAAUCGGUGUAUCGCCCCAAGCCGACUCUAGGGCUCGCCGCACCGAUACGUAUUUGGGGAACAGAGCGUGAACUUCUGGCGACGCAUGGCCGAUCCGCGACUGGAUGUCGAAAAUGGUGAUGCCUGGCACGCCCGGUUCGGGGAGUCGUGAGCGCUGGAACAGCCUAACAGGUGCAGAGUAGGUCUGAGGGUGAUCACUUGUGACGAGACUCAGCACUGUGGUCUUGCCAGAUCCGUUGGCCCCGAAAAUGCCCCAGCGCUCACCCUGACGGACGGUCCACCAGAACCCGGGUUUAGAUAUGCCAUCAGGAGUGGUUUGCUCCCAGGCGCCGAGAACAGAGUUUGUACCGUAUUGGAUGUUGACGCCUUCCAUCUCGACAACAGGGGGCCCAAUCUUAGUGAGAGGUGCUUUAUCGAACUUUUCGUACCCAUCACGGUUGACUACGAGUGAUUGUUCAUCUGACUGUGUUGCAGAAUUGGUACUUGUGUCGAAGUCUCCUCGCUCGUAAAGAUGGCGCCCGACUUCUCUCAGCUCCACCAAUUGAGGGUCUAGUUCAUGCUCGUUUCCUUCUCUAGCAGUGAGAGAUCUUUCAAUAUCAGCGUGUGCUUUCUGCAAGUAUUCAAACACCUCUUCCUUUGGCCCCAUGGUUUGUACUUUGCCGUCCUCGCCAGCAUAUACAACAUGGGUAAUCCACUCAGGAAUCGCGUCCUGUGGCCUCAAUGACAACACAACUCUCGGGGCGUUUGCCUCAGCCAAUCUAUGCAAGACUUUGGAAAUGUGCUGCGUAACGAAAGGAUCCAAACCAACUAAACCGCAAGCACUUCGGGUUGCCCCAAGACUGCCUUCGCGAUCCUCGCUCGCCGACUUUGUCCAUUGCUCAACAAGCUGACCGGCUUCUCCAUAAACCUCUCCAAUUCCAAGUCCGCCAGCACCUUUCUCAUGACCUCGGGCUCAAUGCUCUUUUCCUUCAGCUCCGCCUCCCC